UGGGAAGGCGGGAGCGAAUUUCAUGUACUGUUUUGUGAAAAGUAUGUGUGGUUGUUGUUCACUUUUGGCUGUGAUUUGAAAAGGAUCGGUUGUUUCAAGACUGUUGAGUUCAAGAACGAAGUGUUACGUCAAUUCAAUAUGGACUCUGAAGAGAGUGAGAUUGAUGUCACAGAGUUGGAUGACUGUCUUAAGGAGUUAGAGGCCAUAGAUAUCUCUGAUUUUGAACUGAGUGAUAAUGAGCAAAAUUUGGAUGCCAAGGAAUUAACAGCACAUGAUGAAGAAGUGACUGAGAAGACAGAGUGUAAGCCACUGGAAAUUUCAAAGGAGACAAGUUUUCUUCCAAGUUCUGAAGUGGAAAUAGGUGCAGAAUGCGAAUUAGGAGGGCCUGCUAAAAUAAAUUAUCCUAGCCAUUGUGCUGAACCUGGGGAGGAGUGUAAAAUUGGGAAAUCAACAGCAUUGUUUUUUCCUAUAGAGGGUGAAACUGGAGAGACAAAACAAAAAAUUGAGUUCCAGACCGAUCUGUCAGUUACAGAACUCCGUGAGAUCCUGAAGAGUACUGUUGAUAAAGGAAUUCUGGAAGAUAAAAACACAAGUGAGACCGUAGUGGAGCUCUCUGAUACAACAGCAGUGGUGAAAGACAGUGUUAGACUUUUCCGUGAAACAAAGAAAGAAGAAACCAAACAACUGGCAUCCAAAUUGAUGCAGCAUAUAAGUCACCUGGAACCAAUUUCAUUACCAGAAAUCACAUUAACUCCAAAAUGUUCACCAAAAUUGGAAGAAACUCCCAAGAAACAUUAUCAGAAAGACAAAGAGGAAGAUGAUAGCUGUAGACUUGAUGAUACCACAAUUAAGUUUCAGGUAGGUACCAUUCUUAAGGAGGAAGUUCCAGAGCCAGUACCUGAGGACAGUGAAGCAGCCGUAUCAGAAAAUGAAUCAACUGCACUUCUUAAACAUGCUUCGUCAGAGGCAUCUCUUUCUAGUUGUGAAACAGUUAUUUUUGAGAGGAGAUCACCACUUGAUGAACAAAGAUUAUCUCGCAGGCCAUCGAGUGAUAUUGAAGAGGUUAUCCUGGUUAAGAGUAUAAUUCAAAAUCUGGAAGCUCUUGAAGCAUGUGAUUCUCUCGAAGCCAUUUCCCCUGAUAGCAUGACAUCUCCACCACGUGUAGAAUCAGUUGACAAGGCUGUCACAGCAGAAUUAAGUGAAAAUGACAUUGACUAUAAGAAAGAAAGAAGGAAAAACAGGAGGAAGAAGAAGAAAAAGACAAAAAAGAGAUAUGAUAAGAAAAAGAAAGAAGAUAAUGGAAAAGAUGAUCUGUCUGAUGUCUCUUCUUUUUCUUCUGAUGAUUAUCUCAAAUCUAAAAAGAAAACAUUACGAACAUUAGAUUAUCUUGCACACUGCUCAAGUAUGAAGAGAUCUCCAUCACUUAAAACACAUGAUCAGAGAUCUUCAUCUAUUUCUCCAAAUCGUUCUCUUCCAUUUCCAUCAACAAAACAGCUGAGCUCUCAUAAAGGUUUGAAACGUUCUCCGCACAGCAGUGCACCUCUAAGAUAUAAGCCACGUGCUGUGCAUUAUGAAAGAAAAUCGAGACGAGGUGGCAGUAGUAGCUCACCAAGCCCAUCACGUUCCUGGCAUAGUCGUAAAAGACUACAGUCAGCUGUGAAGAAGUGUUCCACUGUCACUUCCCACAGCCCAACACAUUCCCCAUCUCGUUGCAACCUCCAAAGCAGAUAUACAAAAAAACGAUAUCAUCCAUUGAGGUCACGCUCAAAAUCUCCAGUGUUGAAAAGACAUUACAGGCGAAGAAGCAGAUCAAGAAGUUUCAGUCCUCAGAGUAGAAAAUAUAGUAUUACAGCAAGACGAAAGUACCCUGAAUGUCCCAGAAAUUCAGAGAGUCCAUUAAGAUUGUCUCCGGAUGUUAGAAGUAAUUCACCACUUGAAAGAAAACUUUCACGACGUCUAAAAAAAUUGUCAUCACUUAGAAAAGAUUCAAGAUGGGGUCCCAACUCAAGAAGUUCUAGUCCCAAAAACGAAAGAAAAUCAACAGAAAGAAAAUUAGACUUUGAAAGCCUCAUAAGUUCCAAGAGUCCAAAAAAGUCUCCUCCGACUACUAGAAGUAAUUCACCGCUUGCAAAAAAUACCUCUGAAAGUGUAAAAAAAUCACCAAGUCCAAGGAGGUCUGUGUCAAGGCAGAGCUCUAGUCCCAGCAGAAGAAUUUCAUCAAGUCCAGUUGCACAACAGCCUUCUGUAUGUCCUACGAACAUUUCACCAAAUUCAGGGCCUGUUGGAAACCCAGAAACAAAUUCUGUAUGCCUGUCCAAGUCCUCAAGCCCAAGCCCAGAGAAGAAGGUACCUCCUGCAGUCAAACCAAGGACCCCAUCACCAACAUCUGUUGAUAUGAAGACAAGCAAGCCAGAACCAAUGGAUAUCAGCCCAACACCUGAGACGAAAUUGCUGAAGGAAACUCCACAUCCAGUUCUUAAUACUGACUUCACAAAGCUUCCACCUGUACCAUCACUAGUGAUGCAACUGCCCCCAAUAUGGUCUCAACCACCACCUCCUGGCACUCUACCGGUGCUUGAUACUCAGGUACUACCACCACCUCCUGGCACUCUACCAGUGCAUGGUACUCAACCACUGCCGUAUGGUGUGCAACAACUCCCAGCAGCCACUACUACACAGCAUCCAUUGCCACUUCAGAGUCAACAGCAGCAGCAGCAGAUGCACAACAGUUUCACAUAUUCGCAUCCACAAGUACAGGGCAUAUAUCAAAAUGGGUCACCUGGUUUUAUUUUACCUAACUAUUCUCAGAAUAACAAUCAAAACAGUUAUCAGCAGCAGCCUUUGUAUGGUCAAUCCAGACCUGCCAUUGGAUGUCAGACUUUUACAACAUUUCCACAGGUUUCAACAAAUUCUAGUAAUCCAGUGGGUCAUUCUACUCAAUUCCAGAGCACUUAUGACUCACCAGUGAACAGACAAAAUAUGAGUGUGCCUCCACCUGUCUACAACCAGCCUCAGAAAUAUCAGCCAAAUCUUGUACCACAUAAUGUUGCCCAGUAUCCUCCACAGGCUGGAAAUCAUACUGCUCCAUAUGUAAUGCAGAGUGGACAGCAGGUGCCCAAUAUCAUACAGAGUCCCCAAAACACUCCUCAGUCUCAAACUCAGAUGAAAAUAAAUGUUCAGCAAGUUUUACACUCUCAAAAUACAAGCAAUCAAUCGCUAAGCAGGACAUCUCCAUAUCCAAGUUGUAGGGAUCCACGUCUCAAAGAUAAUAUUUCUGUGUCAUGUGAAAACCCAAUUCCAGUUCCUUCAGUUGCCACACGGCAUAAUACUGCAAUAAUAGAUAACCAGUCCAGUGCUUCUUUGACACAGAAAGUGCUCACACUUCCCCAAAGCCCUCUACCUGGACAGCCGCCUCUCCCACCUGGACAGCCGCCUCUCCCACCUGGACAGCCGCCUCUCCCACCUGGACAGCCGCCUCUCCCACCUGGACAGCCGCCUCUCCCACCUGGACAGCCACCUCUCCCACCUGGACAGCCUCCCCUCCCACCAAAAGAGAUGAAAAUAGAACAGCCACCUCUUCCAAUAUCACCACCACCACCAUCUACACCACCUCCCAGCAUAAAAUCAGAAGUUCAAGAAGAGAACUCAAAGUCAUCAACCGCACAACCACAAAAACCCUCACCACUCGUUUCUCACCUUAAGAAACUUCUUCCCAGCAAGAAUGAAAGAAGCCAGGAAGUGGAAUCAGUGACAACUAUUGCAGGUGCUUUAUUCCCAACAGAAAAUGAAAAUGGUUCCAAAUCUGAAGCAUUUAGUAAUCGUACUGUGACUACCCCAGUGUGCUCUGCGACAGUACAUUGUACUAACUCGCUUAUCAGUACUAAAAUUGGAAAUAUUGCAUCAUCUUGCCAGCCUCUGGUAACUGAUAACCAAUUAACUUCAGAAAAUAAAUAUUUGUCAGCAGUAACUGAUUUGCUUGAUAAAAAUAUUUCUGGAUUUAUAUCUUCAGUAAUUGAAAAAAGGAAUUCCAAAUCGUCGCCAUUAACUGGUUCAGCAAAUAGUGACAGCCAAAGAGAAACUGCACAAGAACAGAGACCUGAAUAUCAAAAAAACUUAAAUGAAUGUAUUUGUGAAAAAACUGGUGUUGAGAAAAAGUUGUGUCUAAAGUGUUUGUACAAAAAGAGAAAAGUAUUAGAACCAGCGUCAGUAUUCUCAGGUAUACCUAAAUUAUCUCGCUGUAUAAAGAGACCUAUAGUUGUUAAUCUUCUUAACAAAAGGAAGACACAACCUGUGACAGCAAUUGUGAAACCAAAUGUUCAUGAAAUACAAACCAGUAGCUCAUGUUCAGAACAACCCCACCAACAAGAAAGUGCGUCAUACUCCAACUCUCCAUAUAGUGAAACCGGAUCCCGCUGGUCCACAGAGUCAGUCCCAGUGCUCACAGAGCAGAGAACUGAUAAACAUUCUGGUGACAUCUGUAAUGAUAAAAGUAAUGUAAUUGUACAAAAAACAUCAUGUCCAGGACAUCAGACAAAACUCACAAAUGUUGAUACACCCUGUAGUCCUAAAAAUUCAGAUGAAUUUUCUGGAAUAAUAAAGGAUGUGGCUAUUGAUCAGAUAUCUGUUAGUCAUAAUAUAGGGAGCCCAAUUGAUAGCUGUGAGAAAAUUGUUCCAGAAGGACAAACACACAAUUUCGAAACAGAACAACAUACCAGGAAACCAGCCUUAAGUGAUGAACACACAUCUGAAAUAAAGGAGAGGAUUCAAGACACUGUUGUGUUAAAACAAAUGGAUGUUAGUCUGAGUGAAGUGAAGUCUAGCAGUGUUCAGAUGAAAAAUGAAAACUCUUUAAAAAAUAAAUAUUUAACUUCUGUAAUUACUGGGAAUAAAUGGAAUAAAAAAAUUUCUGCUGCACCAAGGUCCUAUCGUUCGAAGUCUGCAGAUUGUAUGCUGGAUAGUCUGCAACAAUCUGCAAAGGAAUAUGCAAAGGUACCUAAAGAUGAUGUGCUCCAAUUGGUUGGAAAUAGUUCCUUGAUGCAUGACGCAGAUACGCUGAGAAAUAAUACUCAAUGUCCUACUGAGAAACGUGAAGAGAACCAGAAUGAGACUAACACUUCCGUUUCAUUUACAACAGAGAAGAUAAAUGAAGAAAAAAAUUAUACAAAAAAGCCUGUUAGCAAACAUCAAAUUUCUUUAUCUGGGAAAGUGGAAGAAAGUGACACCCUGCACAACAGGGAAGUCAGUGCAGCCUCUGGUGACCAAAAAUUGGAAGACACUGUACUGAUGGCUCAUAUACCAAAUAACAAUGGAAAGUUGGAUUAUGUGAGGCCUAAAACAACUGAUAUUUGCUUGUCAGAAACAAAAUUGGAGGAUGUCACUGAGAGAAUCACACAGGACAUUUUUGGGUCAUCUAUCUCUGUCAAGAAAGAAUCACUGGAAAGUGAUGCUGGUGGUGCAGAAGAAAAAUCAAAAAGACUUGGAGAAAUGUUUACAACAUUAGAUUCAACUGGAGGUGUUCAUUUAGGAAGUCUAUGUUGUAUUGAGAAGACCAUGUGUCAUUGGAGUGUUGAAUCUCUUAAUGACAAUCCUACAUCACCUUGUACCAAACUGAAAACUGAAAAAUUAAAUACUACAACAGAGGUAUCAUCAGAUAACAGCUUAAAGUCACAGAAUCCAUCCAAACACCUAAAUAGUAAUGUAGCAACCUCUGUUAUAAAGAUAGAAUGCAAUUCUAGUGACAGCGCAGUGUGCAGUUGGGAAAAAGCUGGAAAUACCAAUAUGCAGAAUAAACCUUUUAAAAAUGAAAAGUCAGAUCCAUCAGUCGUUACACAAACUGGAAGACAGUCACUUCAGGUUGUUACUGAGCAUUGUAGACAGGACGAGGAAAUGUGUAUUGCAAUAGAUUCUGCACCAGUUACACAUGGAAAUGUGCUUAAGAGACCAACAAGUAAAGAUUCAUCAUGUGUUGAAGAUGUAAAAGUAGCCAUAACUGCAGUGAGUGAUGAUAAAGUUCUUGACAGUCUUGAAAAUGUACAGCAGCCAGCAAUAUCACAUACACAAAAUAAAUCUCAGGCAAAGGAUACAGACAGUUUGUUUGAUAAUGAUUCCUCAAAGAUUAAUACAGACUUGAAAGUUGCACAGUCAUUACAGGAAAAGUCAUUAUGCCACAUUGAUGAAGUGAUGCUAGAAAAACCAUUAAAAAAAAUUGUGAAAAGCGAAGAACAGAAAGAUGACAUAAUACAAACAUCUUACCUUUCUGAAAGAGCUGUGAAUGUAUCUGUAUCUGAUUCAUCAGACUGUGACAUUAUAGAACUGCCUACAACCAUUGAUCUGUGCCUUUCAGAUGAUGCAGAUGAUCUGCAUGAAGUACCAGUGUCUCCAAAAGUGUUGCCCAUUGUAGAUAUCACUAAUGAAAAACCAGUAGUUAUGAAUGAUUCUUCAGAAUGCAUAACAAUAGAUGGUUCUCCUGAAAAAGAAAUUCCUGGAAGCAAUGUUGAGAGUAUGGAUGUAACACCUUCCAUAUCCAGUGCAACCAUAAUCGCUUCACAAGAAAAUUGCGUGUCUGUAACAGAUUCCAUGCUACCGGCAGAGCCUAUUCCAGAGCUGCUUGACGAGACUCCUUGCCUAAAUAGGAACUUGUGUAAAUCAUCCAUUCAGACAGAAGAUAAAUCAUUAUUACAAAUGAAGCCAGAAGAAGAAAUGAAAUUAGAGCCCAAGAUGUCAUCAGAUAGAUUUGACAUGGAUAUGAGUUUACAGCCCAGAUCACCAUUAGAAGUAGAUAGCUUUGUCAAUAACAGAGGUGAAGUGACACCCACUAAACCAGAUAUUUUUAGAAGUUCACCUCCAUCCAAACCAUUCAUUAACGAUACCCUCCUGUCACGAAUGAAACCUGCUCCCCGAAGUGUAAAGCUGCACCAUGCUGCAUUACUGCAAGACAGACAUGUGCACAACAAGAUCCUUGAUUUAUAUCCUGUAAAGAGACGGAAUAAGUCCCUACAGAAAAUAGAGUGGGAGAAACAAAAUGCUACAAGAGACACUGAAACAAAAGAUAGGCCUUCAUUCUCUGAGGAAAAUUUUAAGGGAGGCCAUUCCCAAAAUAAAAGAAAUUCUUCUGUACUUUCAGGUAAUAGUAAUAAUGAAAAUGGCUCUGUUACAGCGGUUUCAUAUGCUGAUGUGAGAGGUGAAAUUAAUGAGCCAUCAAAUACUCAAGAAGGGUAUGGGGAACCAUGCUUAAAGAAGCGGAGACAGUCCCCAUUAAUCAGAAACAAUGAGCAGACAGAAUCUAAUGAGACUGUUGUUUCAAUAACAUCUCAUCCAAAAAAUGUACAAAAAAGCACUUUGUCUGUGACAGUCCUUCAACCCAUAAGCAUUGUGCCUAGUGAGAGCCGUGAAGGGACCCUGUCAUCUCAAGUGCAGAGACAUUCUUCACGCAUUUUGAGAAGUCCUAAGAAGAAUACUGUUAUUUUUGCCAAAUAUGUAGGUGGUACUGAUUUCAUGUCAAAUGAAGAAGAUUGCUCAAAUGAAGAUAUUGCAUCAACACAAGUUGAGAGAAUUGUUAGUAAGUCAGAGAAUACAAUCAAGAAGUACCCUCAUCGGUCACAGCUUCCUUCAUAUGCUCUCACCAGAAGAGUACUAAUAAGCAGGCUCAGAAGAUGCCCAGUGGUUCUUCAGGCUAAUUUCAAGAAAAUGGCCAAGUUACUUAGGCAAGAUUCUAAGUUGACACAAAUUCCACUUGUGGUUCUGGAACAAAUGGACCUACAGUUGAAACAAAAUAAGAAAAUUACACAAAAUUUGGAUCUUCAGACAUCAACUACUCGUUGCUGCUGUUGUCAAGUAUUGUGUAGGAGCAUUGCCACCCAGACUGACAGCAGUCACAUGAAGCAGAACUGAAAUAACUUUCUGAAAGUGAAACAUUUGUGUACUUCUUUGACAUUUUGGAAACAGGUUUCCAAUUAUUUCUGUAAUUCUGUGUCCAUCGGAGGAACGUAGUUCAGUCAUUCACAGAGAUGGCCGCUAUUAUAACGGCAGAACACUGUUAUUCGUUGGAAAUUGUAUGGUAUAUUUCGGCAGUUGAAGAAUUUUUUGUGUGUGUGUGUGUGUGUGUGUGUGUGUGU